ACGAGCAAACCGGCACGGUUCUAGAAAGCAGAAACACCCCCCAAACAAGCAGCGGCCACGCCAUAGAAAACUCAUGGCCAGCGCUGUCUGCGGCGUCGCCGCCCGCCCCCACCUGGCUCUCGCCCUCCCUACCACCACAAGAAAGCUUUUCUUCCGCUGCAGCGUCGCCUCCAGCAUGGACGCGGCGUCGGCAAGCUCCCCGGACGCCGAGAAGAAGACGACGACCGUCUUCGUGGCAGGCUCAACGGGGCGCACCGGCAAGCGCGUCGUGGAGAAGCUUCUGGCGAGGGGCCUCGGCGUCGUCGCUGGCACGACGGACGUGGGCAGGGCCCGCGGCAGCCUGCCCCAGGACCCCAACCUUCAGCUCGUCAGAGCUGACGUGACGGAGGGCGUCGACAAGCUCGCCGAGGCGAUGCACGGCGUCGACGCCGUCGUCUGCGCGACGGGGUUCCGGCGGUCUUUUGACCUUUUUGCUCCAUGGAAGGUAGACAACUUUGGCACAGUGAACCUGGUUGAAGCAUGCAGAAAGGCAGGCGUUACAAGAUUCGUACUCGUCAGCUCCAUUUUAGUAAAUGGGGCCGCAAUGGGUCAACUUCUGAAUCCAGCCUACAUUGUGCUCAAUCUGCUUGGCUUAACACUGGUUGCAAAGCUGCAGGCAGAGAAACACAUCAGGAGAUCAGGAAUAAAUUACACCAUUGUAAGGCCUGGAGGGCUGACAGAUCAACCACCAACCGGGAAUAUUGUCAUGGAGCCAGAGGACACCCUUUACACGGGAUCCAUAUCGAGGGACCAAGUUGCGGAAGUGGCUGUGGAAGCAUUGUUGUGCCCAGAGGCGUCCUACAAAGUCGUUGAGAUUGUCUCCCGAGCUGAUGCACCAAAUCGUUCUCUCAAGGACAUGUUUGCUGCAAUUAAGCAAAAUUGAUUCGCCCACCAUAUCAGUUACGUAGACCGGGAAGCACUCCAGAAUUAUCAGCAUGAUAUCUGUUUUGUACAAAGAGAGUGUACUUAUUAGAAUGACAGGAUACUACGAAGUGAUUAAUUUGUUAAUUUGUUAACAAUAUAUACACUCCUAAGAGUGUGUUCUCUAUAUUUGGAUUUGCAUUGAAA